AUGAUGGAUCCCCAACAUGACCACGAUGAUGACAGAGUCAGCCCGGUGAGCUACUCACAUCGCGGCUGGAGCCCUCCUCCACGAUUUCAAGAAGUACACCAACAGCCUGCGACCGGGGCAUUUUCGGGAAUACAGUACAGUCCGCCUUCCCCGCCAAGCGCCCAUCCAACCCUUCAUGAACAUGCAGAGAUCGGGACUGGACAACGAUUGUCGCAAGAGAAUGAUACUCAUCAGUCAGGGUACGACAACUUCCAAUGGUGCUCAACUCAAAACAACCCUGCUGGUCUCGAGGUCGACGAAGCUCCUCUUCUCGAGUCUGACAGUUUCAGCAGAUACUACACCGACGAAAAACUGCCCUGCGGUCCUGAUCAUAAUGUUGUACCACCAACUCCUGAUUACUCGGCACCUGAAGUUGUGCCGGGCCAGUUCCUUCCCCAAUCGUUGGCUGAACGACCACUUCCGCCAUCCCCAGGUGGAAGCUCCAUGCCCAUCUCUCCUCACCCGAGAGUGUCAGAUUUCACUGAGCAGGCUGGCCACCCUAGGUCUUCAUCAUCUGACAAGAUACCGGUACCAGAGCCAGCCAACGAUCGGACGUACUGGGGUAUGAAGAAGCGCAAAUUCUUUAUACUCGUAGCGUGUGUCUUAAUCUGGGUCAUCGCUCUUGCGAUGGGCUUAGGCCUGGGUUUGGGCCUAGGACUCAAGGGUAGCUCAUCGGAUGAUGGUCCAACAGAUCCAAUAUGCCGAAGCAAUCCAGAGUUAUGUAUGGGUGGCGCACUCAGCGCCAAGUACAUUUCACAAAGAGGUGCUUUCAACGGCAGUGGGAUUGCUUUGGCUGGUGAAUCAUGGAACACGGGUCAACGACGUAUCUUCACGCUGUACUUUCAGCACCAUACUGGGGACAUCAGAUUCAUGCAAUACACGACUGACCGAAAAUGGAUUGGUGGAACAAAGGCUGAAACGGUUGCAGGCGAUGUCAAGGACGCCUCUCCGAUCUCUGCUGUCUCCUAUGCCGUCAACUCGACGCAAUACGUGACAAGGACCAACCAGACCGAGAUAUGGCAAGCCGGUCAUUUGAACGAACUCAACUUGAAGGCAUUCAGCGCACCAACUAGCGGUCUACAAGCCUGCUGGAAGGGUAACUACUAUGGUGACUCCGACUUUUCCCGAUUCCCAACAGCCUCUGGCAUAACCAAUCAACAGCCCUUCGACGAGCGCCUAGGCAUGAAUCUCUGGUUCGCAACAGACAAUUCCACAUUCCAGCAAUACGCCUGGUACAACGGGCAAGACGUCUGGGUCCCUGUGCAAGAAUGGAAAGAUGUCAAUGGCCACGCCGGCGUGGGCUGUUACAGCUGGGGCGAAGGCACAUCCACUUACACCAUGCUCGUCAACAAGGAAAACGACGUUGAAUUCUGGUGGCGCGACACAAACACCACCCGCCCUGCCACAGAGGCCCAUCCAAUCAACAAGUGGACCAAUGCCUCCAACGCCGCCAUUCGCGGCGUCUAUCCCGCCAGCUCCCUCGGCUUCACUACCUAUUUCUACGCCCAAAUGGAGGAUAGGACUAUCCAGGGGUUCAAUGUCACGUUUGCAUCCGAAAAUACAACUUUUGUCCCGGACGAAACCUUUACUAUUACCGAUCCUGCGGGCCCUGUCAAAGGGCUGGGUGGCACCCACAUGAGCGUCACGGCGUUUGCGGAGAGAGAUGCGAAUCGCAGGACGAUUUGGGACAGCUUGUAUGUAUUUUACCAGGCCGAGGGAGAUGACAUUACAGCCUUUACAAGGCCGUUGGCUGGCGGCGAGUGGACCAAGGGGAAAUUGGCGAUUCCAUUGGAGUAA